UUACAAACAAUAUUGCACACGUCGCAUAAUCGCAAUAUUUGACACGUCUUGUAAGUUUCGCGUGUGGCAAUGUGGAUACUUUUUACGUGUUGUUUUUAUGAGAUUUAUUAACUGUAGCAAACCGUUUAACUGGGUGCAAAUCAAACACGUGAUGAUGUUCUCUAUUAACAAUCACACAUUAUCGAAUGAUAUUACAUUAUAGUAAAUGUUUAAAUUAAUGUACCAUCGAGGUUAGAAAUACCGAAUUAGUUAUGCGAUGUAACUGAUUUGAAACAUCGACCAAACAUGCCGAAAUUCCGAAUGCUUCCACGUACUUCGCGAAUCGUGGCAUUAUGCUCCGCCGCGAAUUUCAUAAACGCGGCAGAUCGAGUUAUAAUGCCUAUAGCAAUCGUUCCCAUGACCGAUGAAUUUAAAUGGGACUUGUAUUGGCAAGGCUGGGUACUUUCUGCCUUUGCCUUUGGUUAUUUUACUAGUCAGAUUAUUGGUGCAAAUACAGCAAGUCGUUUUGGAUGUAAAAUGGUAUUAAUGUUGGCUGUUUUACUGUGGUCUGUUAGCACAGUUAUAACUCCACUCUUGGCUCAAUCAAUUCCAUUGCUCAUUAUUUGUCGAGUUCUUUUGGGACUUGGAGAAGGCCUGGGUCUGCCAGUUAUUUUUCACCUAUUUGCACACAAUGUUCCUGUAGAAGAACGAUCUAGAGCAUUUGGAUAUCUUGUGGCAGCUGGCUCUGUUGGACAAGUUGUUGCAUCUGUUCUGUGUCCUCAUCUGUCAUGGCAAACAGGAUUUUAUUUAUUUGGAACAAUUGGCAUCAUAUGGACGCUUCUGUGGUUAAUGUUAUACGAUGAAACUAAUUCCCAGGAUGAAAUUCCAUUAUUUGUACCUAAGGUAACACAAAAUAGAAAUCUGCGUUGGACUGAAUUCAUUUCUCAUUGGCCUUUAUGGGCAUUGUAUAUAGCACAUUUUGCAAUGAAUUGGAGUAAUUACAUAAUAAUGCAAUGGUUGCCAACUUAUCUAGCUAGAAAUCUUUCCGCCAAUAAAGAAAGUAUUAGUUUCACAGCAUUUCCAUAUAUUGUGAAUUCUCUUGUUGGUAUUGUUGCUGGACAUAGUGCUGACAAUCUAAUACAGAAGAGAUGGCCAGUCCUAUCUGUAAGAAGAUUAAUGACAAACAUAGGUUUGAUUGGACCAGGUGCAUUUUUAUUAGCAUUCUGUGCUGUAGACAAUUUACUUGCUGCAGUAAUUUUCGUGUCAAUAUCUAUGGGACUCUGUGCGUGUAAUUCUGCAGGACAUCUUAGUAAUCACGCGGAUAUAGCACCAAAUCACGCGGGAAUCACGUUUGCGGUUUCUAACACUAUAGCAACGAUACCGGGUAUUUUGUGUGGUCCGUUAACAGCUGAACUAGUGACCGCGUCACAUGGUCGUUGGUUGCCUGUUUUCAUGUUAGCAGCAGCAAUUAAUUUUACAGGGGCCAUCAUAUACCAAAGUCAUAGUUCAGCGCUUCCAGUAUUGUGAUAUGUGCUGAGUAAAAUGAAGUUUACAAGUAUUUAUUAUCGGAGUCAACGAAGAAACAUGAUUGAUAAGAACUUAUACAAGCAUACCUUCCUGGGUCAUGAUCGCUGGAUACGAUUUUUAAUGAAAAUUUUAAACAUUUAUAUGAUACCAGUAUGGCAUGUUUAUACGUACAUCGUACAUUGGUUAGUUGAAGACAUAUCAAAAUACUGGGCAUGUAUGCUAUAAGAGAAUUUCAUAUAUUCCUUGCGUUCAGUUUGCAGUUUACGUCAACGUAAUGCAGGUCAUUCAUUAGAACAGUGCCAUAAUUUUAUGCACGCAAUGGAAUUGGUUGAAUGACUCUCUUACCAAUUUGUAAAAUACAUUAGCCUAACUAAUUAUUGUUUUUAAUUUGUAUAUGUUUUAAUAAUAGCUAACAAAAAUACCUUGUGAUACGUUUUAACACAUACAUAAGAAUUCUCAUUUUUUAAUAUAGAAGAUAAAUGUAUAUUCUGUAAAACAUAAGACUGUAUAUAAAAGAAAAACAAAGAAAUUAAUUUUCACAUAUUUCAAUUUAUACAUAUUUGAAGCACUUUCAACAUAGAAAGAUAUUAUAAUUAAGCAAUGUACUACAUUUAAUGAAAAAAAAUAUGUUUUCUAUAUGGUUUAAAA